AUGGUGCCAGGAAUGCUUUAUUUCCUUGUCACUGUCCCAUCAUUUUCUGGGUUAGUUUUUGUGUUCUUCGUGACGAUCUUUGGAUUUUCAAAUGAUGCUUUUUCCAGUGUUGACGUUCCAGGUCGGAAGUGGUCCGCCAAGUGCCGGUCAUUGGGGAUCUUCCAAGGUGCCCGAGUCGUGAGAGGGGCAGACUGGAAGUGGGAAAAUCAAGAUGGAGGAGAUGGGACUAUUGGUACUGUGCGAGGACACCACUACAAAAUCAAACUGCCUUGUGAGCGUACCUGGGUACAAGUGGAAUGGCCUAGUGGUAUUACUAACAAAUACCGGUGUGGACAAAAUGGCAAUAUGGACUUGAAGUACACCAAAAGAGAUACCGAUGGUGAUUUUUACAUCGACCAUCUGCCUGUGCUUGAAGAAGGCAAUGUUCGCCCGUACGUGGAGCCUGGGGACAAGGUUCGUAUGCUGAAUUUGACCAGCUCGAAAUUGAAAGAGCUGCAAACCGAGAGAUGUGGAUGGAAAGAUGAAAUGGACAAGUUCAAAGGAAAGGUGGGAGAAGUCGUCAUGGUUGACAAAGAAGGAGAUGUCAAGGUGAAUUUUGGAGGAUCUUCGCUUUUCAUCAAUCCCGUUUGCCUCGCACUUGAGUUGAAAAAGAAAAAAAUCCGUGUCGAAGUCAAAGAUCAGGACGGUUUACUGGCCGAGUUGGUCAAACUUCACAUGGAGACUUUGGUCGGAGAAGAUGAAUCAAUGACUAAAAACGCACUUUUUAACGCAGCAGCAAAUGGCGAUACUGAGAAAGUUCGGGAAAUUAUCGGAAGCAAUCCCGAUGAGGUAAAGUUCCACAACAGUAAAGGACAGACUCCAUUGCACGUAGCGGCUCACAAGGGACACAUGGAAGUGGUCAAAGUCUUGAUUGACGGUAAAGCUGCACUGGAACAAAAGGACGAAGACGGAGACACUGCACUUAUAAUUGCAGUUAUGGGGAAAGAGCCAGAAGUCGUUGAGUAUCUUCUGCAGCGUGGUUGUGACGUCAAUAAUGCCAACAAGCAGGGCAUGACUGCACUUCAUUUAGCUGCAGCUGCAGGUCAUCGAAAGUGUGCAGAGAUCUUGCUUAAACAUGAAAACAAACUUGUUGAUAUGAACUACAAGGACCUCAAAGGAAACUCGCCGUUGUUCAUUGCAAUCAUCAAAAACGACCGACGGAUCUUACAUAUGCUGAUUGAACAUCCAAGGAUCGAUUUGAAGGUACUCAACGAAAUGGGGUUCAACUGCUUACACUUUGCUGCCGUGGUUAACAAUUCGUAUGCUCUAGAGAGGAUUCUGAAAACUGCACCACACAUGGUCAACAUCCAGAAGAAUGACGGAUAUGCUGCUCUGCACAUUGCUGCUGUAAACAACCACACAGAUAUAGUUCUGACUCUUAUCAACCAGGGGCUAUGCGACAUAAAUCUCAAAACGACUGUUGGACAAACGGCAUUGCAUCUUGCAACAGAUAAGUCUUAUUACAAGUGUAUUGAAGCUUUGGUGCCUAACGGGGCCAACGUCAACGCCCAGGACCUGAAUGGCAACACUGCACUUCAUUGUGUUCUGCUCAAAGAUGAGAUGGAAGACGCAUUUGAAUCCGUCCCAGUUGAAAAGUUGAGAGAGCUCAUUCAGAAAGCUGAACACGAAGGAGAAUCAUCAGAUGCGAAAACGAAACUCCUUACUCUAGCGAUGUAUCUCAUCAACAACAAUGCCGACAUCUACAUCAAGAACAACAGAGGGCAGUAUGUUUUGGAUGUGACGCAGAAUCCAAACAUUCGCUCGUUGAUCAAGGAAGUAUUCGAAAAGAACAGGCGUGUUGAACCCGAGGCCGCUGUGACCAAAAACCAUGGUUUUAAUUUCCGUUAG